AUGUUCGUACCAUUGGAAUCCACCCCGUCGAAUCCAUCUACAUCAAUGGCAUCCACCAAAGAAAUUACCAUCGUCUGCAUUCUAUUCGUUGUCGUCAUCGUUUUCCAGGUCUAUGUCUACCUGAAACUUGAUGAUUCCGAAAUGACUGUGGAGGAUGUGGAUAAACAGCGAAAGGAAGAGGAACGAAAGCGACGUAAUGAUCUUCUGAUGAAAGCAUUGAGCGCUUUCUGA